GUUUGAACAUGGAACAAACGGAACAAACAACGUAGAUGAUUGGCAGCACCUGAAAGACUGUUGGACAUUGGGGCAAAGUCACAGGAAGGAUGCGUUUUAACCAGGUAUUCUACAUGUGAUUUCCAAUGAGAAUAACUGAAUGAGAGAAAGGAAGCAGGGCAGAGCAGGGUUGAUUUCUUAGAAGAGCUGCAGAGGAGGUGGCUGGGAAGAGAUGCUGGUGUGCUGCUGCUGUUUCUUUCCUGCAUCUGAGUCACUGGUGGUUAAUUGUGGUUGGACAUGAAGUUUUCUGGACUGGAUCUAGGAGUCUGUUCUUACCAAUCAAUUGGCAGCCUACAGUAAAACACAGGGAGGUGGCAGUAGUGUGGAGACCUGCAGUCUUGCAUUAUUUCUAGAUAUUGGGAUCUCUCUACAAUGUCAUAUCCACAGCUGGGAUAUCAUUACUCGUCUGCACCGCAGUUCCUAAUGGCCACCAAUUCUUUGACGACUUGCUGCGAAUCAAGUGGCAGAACUCUUGCGGAGACCGGGGUGGCCGCCUCUUCUCAAACGUCAGUUUAUUGUCCUGUUUACGAGAGUCGCCUUUUGGCCACCGCCAGGCACGAGCUGAACCCUGCAGCCACUAUGGGUGUUUAUGGGAAUCCGUAUACCACCAGCCAGUGCUAUGGAAACUAUGUAACUUAUGGCGCAGAUGCAUCCGCUUUUUAUUCCCUGAGUACAUUUGACUCCAAAGACGGAUCAGCAUCUGCGCAUGCGGGGAUCACUCAAGCUGCUGCUUACUAUCCCUAUGACGCUACUUUGGGGCAGUAUCAAUAUGACAGAUAUGGAUCAAUGGAUGGGGGGACACGGAGAAAAAACGCCACCCGCGAAACAACAAGUACGUUAAAAGCUUGGCUGCAGGAGCAUAAGAAAAACCCUUACCCAACCAAAGGAGAAAAGAUCAUGCUGGCUAUCAUCACUAAAAUGACCCUCACGCAGGUCUCCACCUGGUUCGCGAAUGCCAGGCGGAGAUUAAAGAAGGAGAAUAAGAUGACUUGGCCUCCGCGAACCAAAAGUUCUGAUGAGAAAGGCUAUGAUGAUGAUGCGGACGAGGAGACUUCCGAAGAACAACGUAUAAAAAGUGAACAGGAAGACCACGAGAAUCGAAGUACGAAAGAUAAGGAUCUACAACUGAGUGAUCUGGAUGAUAUCGGUUCUAUUGAGUCAGAGACUUCAGAAUGCGAGCUAAAGCCUCCAUGUCAUGUGUCAACCCGCAUGUGGACAACGGAUUGUCGGAAUGAUCAUCCCAAAGGACCAUCCAUUCAAGUUAAUCUCGGAGGUGUAGAGGAGUUGUCCAAAAACUGUUUGCGAACGGCCCCGGAGGACUGUGAACACAUUGCAGCCAAGGCCAGGUCAGCGAAGACAUUCUAUCAACAAGAUCACCAAAUACCAGCCAGUAAACCAAAAAUAUGGUCCCUUGCGCAAACUGCAACGUCUUUGAACCAAGCCGAGUAUCCCUCCUGCAUGCACAAAGGCCAGCCGAUGGCACCCUCCUCUCCAGGGUUUUCCUCAACUGCAGUGAUGGAAAGACAACAGGAUUCGCCUGUCGCCACUCUUAGAAACUGGGUAGACGGGGUCUUCCACGACCCAUUAUUUCGACACAACACUUUGAAUCAGGCAUUGGCUAAUACUACAGUAUCUUGGGCCGGGACCAAAGGUGCCAUACUGGAGACAGGCGCGCUCGCGAGUUCUGUUGGAAACAACGAGACUAAGGAACACAUAACUUAUUUACAGCACAAGGACUCGAAUAAAGACAGAAUGGUAUUUCCCAAAUCGGGAAGCAAAAUAUUCUGCUCCUAACAAGCCAAAAUCUCAUAUUAAGUGCUUGGGAAUGCUCUGGGAUGUAAUCUGUUGCUUGAGGAGUAACCUUUUUUAAAUGUGUGCUUUAAUAUGAUUCACAGAUGUUUGAACACGCAUUACUGCUUCUAUUGCCAUUGGAUUCAAACGUCACUAAAGUUGUAUCGGCAUUUUAUUUUUGAGACUUAUAGACAGGGUCAAUAUGAGGGUAUUCAUUUUGUUCAAACGCACGUGCAAUUUACGUAAAGGUAUAUGGUAAAAUUGAAAUUUACAUGUGAAAGGAGGCAUGUUGUUUUUAAGCUGUCACGUUUUGCAAAUGAUUUAUGGAUAUCACAGCUGUAAAAUAUUACACAACUGCACAAAUGUCCAAAGCAAGAAGGAUGUGUCUAUGAUUUGUAACCUGAAAUAAACUGUAACCUUUUGGAAGAA